AUGAUGAACACGGAAGGUGAGAGUGCAGACCAGCCUGGCAUUCGCCUGGAGCCCCUGGAGAAAACACACUUGCCAGGCAAGGCGACGCCGACCGGCAGCAGCCGCUCUGUCUUAGGGGACGUCAGUCCUAAAGUGACAGCCAACGGAGUGCACGACAUCGAGGACAGGAUACUGAGGAUCACUGGCUACUACGGCUAUUACCCAGGAUGUUCCAGUCACAGAAGAGAUGAUGGUUCGGACUCCUAUGCGGAGACACCAGGCAGUGAGGCCAGUGAGGAGAGCCCGUCCUACCAGACCUGUGCCAACACCGCCCUUAAGGUGCUGGGGGGUCUGCUGGUGGUCCUGUGUGUCUCCUCCUCCUGGGUGGGCACCACUCAAGUGAUCAAGCUGACCUUCCAGUCCUUCUCCUGUCCCUUCUUUAUCUCCUGGUUCAGCAGCAACUGGAACAUCUUCUUCUUCCCCAUCUACUAUUUUGGACACGUGGUUACCACACGGGACAAGCAGACUCCCAUCCAGAAAUUUCGGGAGUGUAGUAAGCUGUUUGGGGGGGACGGGAUGACCCUCAAGCUUUUUCUGAAGAGGACGGCACCUUUCUCAAUCUUGUGGACCCUGACCAACUACCUGUACCUGCUGGCCCUGAGGAAGCUGACCGCCACCGACGUCUCUGCCCUCUACUGCUGCCACAAGGCCUUUGUCUUUCUCCUGUCCUGGAUUGUCCUCAAGGACCGAUUCAUGGGUGUCCGGAUUGUUGCUGCAAUAAUGGCCAUCACAGGCAUUGUCAUGAUGGCCUAUGCUGACGGUUUCCAUGGCGAUUCCUUUGUGGGCGUGGCUUUGGCUGUGGGCUCCGCCUCCACAUCGGCUCUCUAUAAGGUGCUGUUUAAGAUGUUCUUGGGCAGUGCCAACCUGGGAGAGAUAGCUCAUUUCCUUUCCACCAUGGGCUUCUUCAACCUCAUCUUCAUCUCCUGUGUGCCCCUCAUCCUCUACUUCACCAAGGUGGAGCACUGGGGAUCACUCUCCUCACUGCCCUGGGGAUACCUGUGUGGACUGGCAGGACUAUGGCUGGUGUUCAACAUCUUGGUUAAUGUUGGUGUGGCGCUCACCUACCCCAUUCUCAUAUCCAUAGGAACACUGCUCAGUGUGCCAGGAAAUGCAGCUGUAGAUGUGUUGAAACAUGAGGUGAUCUUCAGUGUGGUGCGCCUGGCGGCCACCUGCAUCAUCUCCCUGGGUUUCCUGCUGCUGCUGUUACCGGAGGAGUGGGACUCGGUCACGCUGCGCUUCCUGGCCACCAUUGCCGACAAGAAGUCAGAGGAACACGGUGAAGAGCUGACCGAGUCCAGCGUCCAAACCCGCAGCCGCAGCAGAGCCAACGGCACCGUCUCCAUACCCUUGGCAUGA